AUAUAAUAACAAUUUAUUUAUUUCAUUUUCAGGAACCAUUCACUCCCACUUCCUUUGUCAGUGUCCAGUCACAUGGGAAGAAUUUUGAGUGUCGACCUCUGCUUCUACCCUAAUCGCUGCAGCCGGAACAUUCGAACAAUUUACAGUCAACCGUUCACAAGAUCUGUUUUUUUUUCCCCUUUGUUUUGAUCCCCAUUUGCUCAAUCUCGGGGAAAGUUUGGAUCUUGCGGUGGUUUCUUUAGCGAAGUUGAGAAUUUGGGCCACCGUUUGAUCCAGUGGGAACAGGCUGCCCCGAUUUGGCACGCUACGCGUUCUUCCCCCUCCAAAAAGUAGGAUCUUGAUGGGUUUGCCCGCUGGAAGUUGAUCUUUUUGUUGUACGUGGCGCUGAGGAAUCCAGUUCUGCAAAUGGCGAUGCGAUGGGGAGUGUUUUCGGGAGUCUGUGAUAGGAACGAGUAGCUUUGGGAGUUUGUGCUGCCGAUUUGUUCUUCCCGGGAGCUGUGUAAGUUUGCAUCGAUUUAGGGUUGAAUGAUCUGAAAUGUGGAUGGAUCGAGAAAGGAAGUAGCUUCAAUGGCAGCUCAGAGGUUUGCCAUGGUGAUUUGAGGUUUGCAGGUUUGAUCAUCGACCAUUUAAGCUUCAUUGUAGUUGCAGAGGAUGUCGUCUUCCCCUUCGCCUUCUUCUUCUGCGACUCCGCCGUCUUCUUCUUCUUCUUCUUCUUCUUCUUCUUCUUCUUCUGAUUCACCGCCGCCGGCGGAUUCGCUUUCGCCUCCUCCGAUCACGAACCCAACACCAGCUUCUCCUCCUCCAGCGGUUUCUGGCACGCCUCCUCCUCUUACAGCCUCGCCUCCUCCCUCUUCACCACCGCCGGCCUCUCUGCCUCCUCCAGCUUCUCCGCCGCCGUCACCGCCACCAGCUCCGCCCCCCAGUUCUCCGCCGCCCGUUGCCGAUUCGCCUCCAUCAUCUCCCCCGCCUCCACCAUUGUCUCCUCCACCCACUUCUGCGGCCUUUCCUCCGCCGCCUGUGACACCUUCACCUCCACCUCCACCUCCACUACCGGCUGCAAUCUCCACUCCCAGGGCCACAGAUCCUCCUCCUCCUCCUCCACUGAUUCCGGCCUCUCCUCCCCCGCCCAAUGCAGCAUCCCCUCCUCCUCCCAUUCCAGACAACAUUCCGCAGACUUCCGCACCUUCACCUCGUCGAACCCCCACUCCAUCUCCCCCUUCUCCACGACCUCCAACUUUAGGCGGACCACCAACCAGCACCCCGCCACCAUCACCAAUCCUUGAGCAACCAAAGUCAUCGCCUCCCAGCUCCCCUUCUCUUCCUUCUGCAUCACCACCCACUGCCACACCCUCUUCUCUCAUUAAUUCUUCCAGUGCCAUAGCUCCUUCCCCCGGUCAAAUUCCUUCUCCCUUGACCCCUCCUCCCAGCAUUCUGCCCGGCAAUUCGACGAACUCAGUUGGCACAAUUUCCGGCAACACUCAAGGGGGUGGUGGCACUAGAACAAGCACAACCAUGGUACCCGUUGUUGUUGUAGUGGCACUCUUUCUACUUUCUUCUCUGGGGUUGGCUCUUUGGCUUGUAAGAAGGCGUAGGAAGUCGGCCAACGGAUAUGCUGCAGGGUUUGUUAUGCCUUCUCCAUUCACCUCGUCGGCAAUGUCAGAAUCACCCCAUUUGACGUCCCCAACAGCUCCCCUUGUGUAUCACCAUAAGUCUGCUAGUGUUGCAUCUGAAGCGGGGAUUAGCAACGCUCAGUUAAGUUUCUCUUACCACGAGUUGUACGAUAUGACAAAUGGCUUCUCGACCCAGAAUCUCUUAGGCGAAGGAGGCUUUGGCUGUGUGUAUAAAGGAUGCUUACCUUACGGAAGAGAAAUUGCUGUGAAACAAUUAAAAGUUGGCAGUGGACAGGGCGAAAGGGAAUUCAAAGCCGAAGUUGAGAUAAUCAGUCGUGUGCACCAUCGGCAUUUGGUUUCCCUUGUAGGGUACUGCAUUUCAGAUAGCCAAAGGUUGCUUGUUUACGAUUUUGUGCCCAACGGUACACUUGAUUCUCAUCUUCAUGGGAAAGAAACCGCUGUCCUUGAUUGGCCGACCAGGGUUAAGAUUGCAGCUGGGGCAGCUCGUGGCAUUGCCUACCUACACGAGGAUUGUUACCCAAGGAUAAUUCACAGAGAUAUCAAGUCGUCCAAUAUACUAUUGGAUAACAAUUUUGAAGCACAGGUUUCUGAUUUCGGGCUUGCAAGGUUAGCUAUGGAUGCUAAAACGCAUGUAACCACACGAGUAGUAGGAACUUUUGGCUAUCUGGCUCCAGAAUAUGCUUCAAGCGGCAAGCUGACUGACCGAUCUGAUGUUUAUUCUUUUGGGGUUGUUCUUUUGGAACUCAUCACUGGACGAAAACCUGUAGACAACACUCAACCUAUGGGUGAGGAGAGCCUUGUUGAGUGGGCACGACCACGGCUGAUCGAUGCACUUGAAACUAGAGAGUUUGGAGAAAUACCCGACCCAAGGCUCGGAAAUGACUAUAAUGGAAACGAAAUGUUUCGUUUGAUUGAAGCAGCAGCAGCUUGCAUUCGGCAUUCAGCAACUAUGAGACCUUCAACGGGAAAGGUUGUACGAGUUCUUGAUGCCUUAGCUGAUGUUGAUAUAAACAAUGGUGUCAAACCAGGCCAAAGCGAAAUCUUCAAUGCCUUAGAGUCCGGCGAUAUCCGGCUAUUGCAGCGGAUAGCAUUCGGUACCCAAGUUUUCAGUCCUGACCACAGCCAGUCAAGUUGGAGUAAUCAAUCAGAAUUAUGAAGGGUUUUUUAGGGCUUCUUCAUUUUGACAUCAUCUGGCCAUUCUUUAGCACAAAAUGGAUUAAUCAUAUAUGAUUUAUCCUCUCAUCCUUUUGAUCAGGAUAUUAGAUAUUAGUCUUCACUGUCUCUGAUAUGUUAUAUUUCUACUACAAACUAAAAUCCUAAUAAAUUCUAUGUUAAUUGAAGAAA